AUGAAGGAGGAGGACCUCGAGUCGCCGCUGCUGGCCGACGACAAAGAGCCGGCGCCGGCGAAUGGUGCCAGGGGCUGCACGUACGCGCUCGUCUGCGCGCUCCUCGCCUCCGUCACCUCCAUCAUCUACGGCUACAAUCGCGGGGUGAUGAGCGGCGCGCAGAAGUUCAUCCAGGCGGACCUGGGCGUGACGGACGCGCAGCUGGAGGUGCUCAUCGGCGCCACCAGCGUCUACUCCCUGGUGGGCUCGCUGGUGGCGGGGUGGGCGUGCGACCGCGCGGGGCGGCGCAGGACCAUCGUGCUCUCCGCGGCGCUGUUCCUCGCGGGCUCCGCCGUCACCGCCGCCGCCGACGGGUACGCCGCGCUCAUGGCGGGGCAGCUCGUCGCGGGCGUCGCCUGCGGCUUCGGCCUCGUCGUCGCGCCCGUCUACAUCGCCGAGAUCUCGCCCGCCAACGCGCGCGGCUUCCUCUCCUCCAUUCCCGAGAUCGCCGGCAACUCGGGAAUCCUGCUGAGCUACAUCGCCGACUUCGCGCUGGCCGGCGUGCCCACGCCACUCAACUGGCGCCUGAUGAUCGGCAUCGGCGCCGUCCCUCCGCUAUUCCUGUCGGCCGCCGCCACGCUCGCCAUGCCGGAGACCCCGCGCUGGCUCGUCCUGCACGGCCACCACGACGAGGCCCGGCGCGUCCUGGUGCGCACGGUGGGGGACGCGGACCGCCGGCUCCAGGAGAUCGUGACGUCCGUGCAGGAGGCCACGAAGCAGCAGCAGGCAGCGGCGGGCUCCGGCAGCGCUGCGCCGCCGUCGACUAGCGUGUGGCGCGAGAUCCUGCUGCGGCCGACGCCCGCCGUCCGGCGCGUGAUGAUAGCCAUCCUGGGGCUGCAGGUGUUCCAGCAGGCGUCCGGCGUGGCGGCCAUGGUGCUGUACGCCCCGCGCGUGUUCAGCCACGUCGGGAUCACCUCCGAGCGCGCCGUGCUGGGCGCCACGGUGCUCCUCGGCGCCGCCAAGACGGUGGCGAUCGUGGUCCCGCUGUUCCUCGCCGACCGCCUCGGCCGCCGGCCCAUGCUGCUCAGCAGCGCGGGCGGCAUGGCCGCGUCGCUGCUUGUCCUCGGCCUGUCCGUGUCCAUGCGUUCCACCACGGCCGCGGCCACGUCGUGGGCGGCCGCGACGUGCGUGGCGGCGGCCGUGGCAUACAUGGCGACGUUCUCGCUGGGGUUCGGCCCGGUCAUCUGGAUGUACGGGUCGGAGAUCCUGCCGCUGCGGCUGCGCGCGCAGGGCACGGGCGUCGGGACUGCGGUGAACCGGGUGAUGAGCGCCGUCGUGGGGAUGACCUUCAUCUCCAUGUACGAGGCGGUGGGCAUGGCUGGCACCUUCUACAUCUUCGCGGCGCUGUCCGCGGCGGCGUGGGUGUUCGUCUACGCCUGCCUGCCUGAGACCAAGGGGAGGAGCCUCGAGGAGAUGGAGGCACUCUUCGACGGCGGUGCCGGUGCCGGUGCCGCGCCGUCGGCACGGGCGGCGUUGUCGUGA